AUGGAUUCAAAAGUAACUUUAGAGCGGCUAGAAAAAGAUCUAGCAGAGCAUCGGCUCGAGGAUAAUACCACACUUGGGCACUCGACAAACGACUUAUUUUUUGAUAUCCAGGACGAGGAACUAGUGGAAAAUGAGCGGCAAAAACAAGGGAACACAUCCGAAGAUCCUCUGUUUCGCCCAUCGAGCUCCCAAGACAUACCGGCUUCUGAUCGUCAUAAUUCUCCAGAUGGGGACGUCGAUUGGGUGCCUACGGAUGAAGAGAGAGGCUCAACGCCACGUGCACCUUCGACAACCCACACAAAAUCUGCGCCUUCGUCUGUUAUAACUAUAUCUGACUCUGAGGACGAAACUGCGCCACCCCCAAAGAAACAAAAACCAGCAACGUCUCUGCCUGCUAUUUCUAGCAGAGCCAAUAGCGCUUCUGCAUCCAGUUUGUCACUGCGAUCCCAAUCUACCAAACCUCCUGAUUAUGCCGCUCUGUUCGUCGGAGACCUUACGGUUGAGGCAUGGUCAACGGUCAAGGGAAAAGGUCAUCUCCGCCCCGGCGAGUUACUUCGGCUCGAGCGAGAUGACCUUCCCGGGAAAACAUCGAACAAGUCGAAAGCCAAUAAUAUCGCAUCCAUCACCGCUGCGGCAAAGAAGAAGCUAGGGAGGACGCAAUAUGAUUCAAUUUCUCGUUGGAUCGCCAAACUGCUGGACAAGGACCUAGUGCAUCUGUCUGGGUUACCUCUGGACCCUCCUUCCGAGUUCAAACACACUGGAGAUAAUUUCAAGAUAUUGCUGAAAGCGUACCUCAAAGCCUCGGCUUUCCGCCCAUUACCUAUGGGUUCCAAACCUAUAAUGAACAAGACGCUCGAAAAACAUCUCAACGCGAACAAGAAAGCGUCCUUAUUCUUCGAAGGAGCAGAGACUGCCGAAGAGCAGGCUUUACGCGAGCGCAAGGUUUCAGUGAUUUCGCGGGGAGAGAAGGGAAGAAAUCAUCGAGAACGUCUGGUCGCGCAAAAUCAGCUGAUGCGGGUGAUUCGCGGCCUUCAAACAAGGGAGAUGGUGGAAAAAAAAUUGAAAACGACUGAAACGAUUGGCGAAGGAGAAGAGGCUGAAGAGGCUGAGUUGGAAGGCGAGGAACUGAACACUAAUCAGCUUGGAGAUAUCUAUCAAAAAGCCCAGCGUGGCGACAAACAGCUCGCAUUCAUGGACCCUGCGGAUAGCUUCGCUUUGACUUUGCGACCGUACCAGCAACAAGCACUUUGCUGGAUGUAUAAUCUGGAGCGAGGCGAGGCCUCUGCUAGGGACUCUACAUCACUACACCCACUCUGGGAGGAAUACAUGUUCCCUUUCGAAGAAGACGACGGCGUUAUCGACUUAUGUGCAGAUGAACGUUCGUUUUAUUUCAAUCCUUAUUCUGGGGAAUUAAGCCUUGAUUUCGUGAGGACGGAAAAUCAUAAAAAGGGUGGAAUCUUAGCUGAUGUGGGAAUGGGCAAAUCGAUUAUGAUGUCAUCAUUAAUACAUACCAGCCGCGGCACCCCUCCCACUUGCUCUGCUACUGCCGACACUGUACCGGCGCACACCAUCAUUUCUGCAUUUGGAAAGCGCAAGCGGCCAGAUAAAAAUAAUAGCCAACCUACAGAGCCUCAUGCCACUCUUCUUAUCGCUCCAAUCAGUCUUCUGUCACAGUGGCAAUCCGAGCUUGAGAGGAGUAGUCAUCCCGAUACGUUGCGCACGCUCGUAUGGCACGGACUCAAUCGUGCCAAUUUGUUCGAAGUACUCGGCCCACAGCCAAAGGGGGAGAGACCUGUCGAUGUGGUUAUUACGUCAUAUGGGACCUUGUCUUCAGAAUACGCUAAUGUUGAAAAGGGCAAAUCUUCUCAGAUAUAUGAUAUUCAAUGGAUGAGAGUAGUUCUUGAUGAAGCUCAUUAUUGUAAAUCGCGACACACGAAGAACGCCAAGGCCUGUUAUAAGCUCAACUCGGUAUAUCGGUGGGCCCUCACUGGUACCCCAAUCGUCAACAGACUUGAAGAUCUGUAUUCACUAUUGUGUUUCCUCAAAUACGAACCGUGGUCAAGUUUUGCGUAUUUCAAAAGCUUUGUCACAACCCCAUUCUUGAAUAGGGAUCCCAGAGCCAUUGAGAUUAUUCAAGUCAUAUUAGAGAACGUUUUGUUGCGCAGAGAGAAGAACAUGAAAGAUGUAGAUGGGAAUCAUAUUGUUGAACUCCCGCCCAAAGUGAUGAGCAUAGAGGAGCUUACGUUUUCCCCCGCCGAGCGAAGAACCUACGAAGAAAUUUACAUCGACGCCAAGAAGGACUUUGGAGACAUGGAUCAGUCUGGCACCAUAACCAAAGGAUUCGCUCAUAUGUUCGCUCAAAUUAUGAGACUUCGGCAAGCAGUCCUUCACCCAGAUCUGAUCAAAGCGCCGAAAGAGGAUCCAGACGAAGUGGAUCUACUGGAGAGUGAUGAUAGUAUUGAGAACGAACCACAUCCACACCUCGGCCUUCGGUCAGCCUCAAUGAGCCCGAUCAUGGGCAUUAAAUCACCGGUAACCAUCAAGGAAUGUGGGCAUGUCGGAUGUCAACGAUGCUUCAUCAAUUUCCUAGAUAUGCCAGGAAAAAGGAAGCAGUAUGAUUUGUCCACUCCCCUUUCGCAGAAACCCUCUUUCAUUGUUGUUGAUAGCCAUCCAGUAAAAGAGGAAUUCGUGGAAAAAGAAACUGACCAUGAUCAAGCACUUAGCUCUCAAAAGAAUACGAUGAACAAAGAAGGAUUUAGAUCGUCUACUAAGGUUGAUGCACUGCUCCGCAAUUUGAACGAGUUACGUGAACAGGAUUCGUCGUUCCGUGCUAUUGUCUUCAGUCAGUUUACAAGUUUCCUGGAUAUCAUUCAAAAAGCACUGGUGCAUCACGGAUUCGAGAACAUGCGACUCGACGGUUCUAUGUCCCAGCAGCAGCGCAGCCAAGCAUUGCGCUCUUUUACACAACCAAGCGAAGGGCCCAAGAUUUUUUGCAUUUCGUUGAGAGCCGGAGGAGUCGGUUUGAAUCUAACGCAAGCUCAGUAUGUAUUCAUGAUGGACUUUUGGUGGAACCGGGCUGCAGAAAAUCAGGCAAUAGAUCGGAUUCACCGAAUUGGGCAGACACGUACGGUCUAUGUCAAGCAUUUUGUAAUACAAAAUACCAUCGAAAAACGCGUUCUCCAAAUUCAGAAACGAAAAACAGCCAUUGUAAAAGGUGCAUUUGGGCAGGCUGGAGACAAGGGCACAAAGGAAUCCGUUCAAAAUAUGAAGCUCAUGUUUGGAGACUAA